UUCACAUCUGUCACUACUACAUCUGCGCCGGAGAGCUAGACAUGGUGCUGCUACUGAACUCUGCAUUCACAUUGAUGCAAAGUUGAACAGGGAAUGAAAACCCGAUAUGUGCAGAGUAGUUUAAGAGGAAGCAGCGUGUAAAUAUAGCGCAGCUUUUCGCAUGAACACAUUUUCAGUUCUUGUUCUGGAGUUUGUGUAUACAGUGCUCAUGUACGCACCAAAUGCAAGAACUUCAGCAGAACUCAGCCUGUCCGUGCCAAAGAUCCUCAGAGAUGAAGUAACUGGUGGAGAUUACUUUCAUUUUUGCUCUUUAAAACCUACCAGCAGUCCUUCAUGGUCGUUAUCAUCAUCAUCAUCAGACGCUGUUGAUAUGAAGCAGAGUAAGCCCACUAUAAUCCCAUCAGAGACUCUCUUUAUAACUGCAGGGAGAGUACGACCAGCCAAUCGACAGUCAACCUCAUUGGACAAUCUUCCUGAGCUGUAUCUGACUGGACAGUGGCCGCGAGAGGUGAACCAACCCCAGACAUCCUGUAUGAGUGAUAAAGCCACACAGACGCCAGGCUUUUGGAGGGAAGAUGAAGGAGAGGUGAAGUUACACAAGAGCUCAUCAUCAUGGGGCAACGCUGACCAUCUUAUAGAGAUUGCUAAACUCCGUCAACAGCUGCAGCGCAGUUUGCAGGGAAGUCGCAGUAUCAAGGAGGAAGAACAUGUGAUGUUUGCGCAGCUGAAUCAGACUAAGCCAAAGCUGCUCUCAGCAGCUUCAUCUAAUAUGGUGUUUUCAAGACCCGUCAUAUGUAGAAUCCCCAGCUGUAGUGACUGUAUUAAUGAAGAGCUGGAGAAUGUCUUCAUCUGUGACAACUGGGGGAGGGAGAAAGACAAGGCUCUGGAGGUGCGAGACGGCGGUCGUGCCCCUGUUCCUCCUCUUCAUCACACUCACAAUAUGGAGGCGCAGCUCACCUGCAGUCCCUGUUAUUGCUGCUCUCCCACUGCAGACUCAGAAACAGAUUUCAGGAGCGGUUCACCUCUCCCUCAGCUCGCCAGCUCCCCAAAACCCAACAACAGUUAUAUGUUUAAACGGGAGCCUCCCGAGGGCUGUGAGAGAGUCAAAGUGUUUGAAGAUAUUGACACUUGUAGGACUCGAGGCUUCCCGAUCGUCUCCUGUCCAGACAGAAACAAGGUGAACUUCUCCCCAAGCGGUUCAGCGUUCUGUCCCGUAAAGCUGCUCUGUUCGUCUCUUUUCCCAGUAGACACCACUGCUUGUUCUAGCUCUCUGGAUAAUCAGACUUCAGGACAAAUGUCUGGUCCAUUCACAGGGGCCACGGUACAAAACAGCUGCAGUAUUAGAAAGUGCCUGCUGCUCAGUUAGCCUAUCAGAGCUCAGAUCUGAAAUGACCCAUAAGAGAUUUUCUCUGAAUUUUUGUAGCGACAUUUCAGCAUUUGUGAAAGCUUGUACAAAAGGACCACAAUGUUUUAAGUUGUAAGGACCUUCAUGUAACUCUUCUGGAAUGCACAAACCUUUACUUAACCUAACAGUACAUCUUACUAACCAGGUUAAACAUGAUAGAUAUGAUCAUUAAAAAGAAUAACUUACAAACUGCAACUAUAAUCAACAGACCCUCAAGGCAAACAGCCAAAAAUGUUCCCUCAUGCCUUAACAAAUAACUCAGGUUUAACUUCUGUUAGGGUUGGGUGACAUACCGUAGCUUAAAAAAAAAUCCAAAGUUAAUGGAUUUGCUAUGAAAUAGCUUUUUUUUCAAUUAGAGAAACCAUAAUUUCAACCAGCCAUUGUUGCCAAUUAGAGUCAGUGGGCUCUAUUUUCAUGAGCGUGCAAAGUGCAAGUUUCGUGCCAGCACAAACGCAAGUGGGCAUGGGCGGAAGUGUUUGUGCUUUCUGUGGGUGUAAGCACACUGUGGGUGUGCUGUGUUCAUGAAGUGGCACAAAGUGUAGUUUGCUAUUUACCUGAGAAAUAUGUAACUGCACCAAGAUGUUUCAAAAGCAGGUCUGUUUUCAGCGCAAAGUCUAAAUUUAGUUCCUUCAUUUGAAGUUUGGAGAUUCCACCAGUAGGUGUAAUAAAGUUCAUGUCCAAACUCUAAAUAAAUAUUGUGGAACAUCAAAUUAUGUCCCUGACAAUUAGAGAUGUAGCCGUCUUAUGAAACAUACAUUUAUGAGAUUUGCAAUGAACUAUCUAUAGGUCAUGGAUUAUUUUUCUGGUAUUAGUGUUGUGUUUGGAAUAUGAUUUUUUUUGACCAUUUCAUUAUUUGGAAUAUAGUUUUGUUUUUAGUAAAAACGAUACAAUCACUGUUAAUACUAGCCAUGAUUUGUGUGUCAGUAGAUAAAAAUCAUUAAUUAUACUUACAUUCCCUAUAAUUACCGGAAGCACAUAAAUUAAACAUAUAAUUUCUAAGCAUUUAAGAAAUAUUUAUAUUCUUCUAAUUAAUUGCACACAGUCCAUUUACACUACCAACUUAUUACAAAUGUGGUGUUUUUGUUUAUAUUGCUGGUGCUUGAGGGAAUGGACUAUAUAAUAGGAUGCAGACACUGCAAUAACUGGAGAAAAACAUUGCACUUGACCCAGCCCAUUAACGCAUUGCGCACAUGAUUUCACCAAACCCACUUGCGCCUAGACUUAGCACAUGUUUGCACAAAAAUACCAAAACUUCAUGGUCAUGCCCACUGACUUUGCACUUAUUACUUAUGGCAUAGUGCUGCACUAGUGCUCUUAAAAUAGGGUCCAAAAAGUUUGUUGCAAGAAAUAAAAUACAGUAAAAAGCUAGUUAGUAGCUAGCUAGUUUCCUCAUCUUUUGUUUAAUGGAACACAAGGAAACAAUAUAUGAAAAAUGCCAUAAGAAAACUUCAAUGAAUUAAACUUCAAUUAAAUUAAUUAGUGGCGAUGCAAACAAAUUGUUGAAUCAGAAUUGAAAUGGUUGAAACUGAUCCACCGUAAUGAAUCAAACUAAUUUAAUGAAGAUUAAAUCAGAGAUGCAGAGAUAUAUUAAAAAAUCUCUGGCAAGUCACGAGACAAGGAAUGAUAACAAAACUCUUGUAAUGAUAUGCUCUUUAGGAAACUUAUUUACUAUCUAUUAGCACAUGAUAAUCAUCACAAUUGUGAAUAUCUGGUAUAUAUCGCCCAACCCUAUCUUUACAUUCUUGUGUAUCAAACCGUAAUAAUGGUGCUGUUUUUAGACUUUUUGAUAGAAGUGACACUGUUAUAUAUACAUAUAACUGCCGUAUGCUCACUUUAACAUGCCAUUUUGUAAAGCAUAAUAUUUUCAUGUAUUUGGAUACAUUUUACUCCAAGCAUGUGCUUCCUGUUUUUUUUUAAAUACAUAAUUUAAUACAGCAUUUCAGUGGUUUAUCACUUUUUGUAUAUCAAUUUUGUUCUAUAUUAAACUGAUGUUUUAUAACGCAUUCCAAUCAGUGCAUAUAUUAAUAUAAUAUAUUAAGAUAAUAUUUGCAAGCAGUGAUGACGGGCCCAAGCACAACUGGUCCAUUUCCACCCGGUGCCUUUCAGAAAAAAAUGCAAGUUGGACUGCAUUUGUCAUUUGACAUUAUUCUAAACAAUUUUGAAGCAAUUUGGGUAAAUAUAUGAGGAUUAUUUUAAAGUCUGUUGUAAGAGCCACACUUCCUGCUGGCACUAUGACCGUGACCCAAUAUAGUAAAAUCCAUGUGAUUAGCCCCCAAGAAUAACAUACAUUUCCAUUUUUAUCUAAAUUCCACAUUGCACACAGAUAUUAGACAAUCCCCGUUUCCCAUUUUUCGCCAAUAAUUUAAUGCCUCGUCAUGGCAGCACCGUUUGAUAUAUCAAAAUCUUUUCACAAUUUAGUAUCUUCAAUGUCUUGGCAUAAUGUUGUCUAAAUGUGGUGACCAUCUCAUGAAUCACCUAGGAGGAGUAUUUAAAAGUUCAGAGAAUGCAAUACUCAAAAAAUCAAAAAUGGGUGGCCUUGGUAGCACAGCGAGUAAAGAUGCUGACUACCACCCCUGGAGUCACAAGUUUGAAUCCAGGGCAUGCUGAGUGACUCCAGCCAGGUCUCCUAAGCAACAAAAUUGGCCUGGUUGCUAAGGAGGAUGGAGUCACAUGGGGUAAUCUCCUCAUAGUCACUAUAAUGUGGUUUGUUCUCGGUGGGGCAUGUUGUGCAUGGAUGCCAUGGACAAUAGCAUGAAGCCUCCGCACGCUCUAGGUCUCCGCAGUAACACGCUCAACAAGCCACAUGAUAAGAGGUGUGGAUUGACGUCUCAGAGGCAAGUCACUACACCACCAUGAGGACUUAGAGCGGUUUGGGAAUUGGGGAGAAAAUAAAAAAUCCAAAAUGGCCGACUUCCUAUUGGGCAGACCUAAUGAUUGUAGUUAUGAAAGUUGUCUGGCUUGAUGAGAACUAGAUAUGUACCAGUUUUGGUUACUGUAGGUGAAAAUGGAGGUGCUACAGAGGCUGUCUUACACAACCAUUUUAAAGGGUCGACACAGAGCCCCCCACACGCAAACUUUUGCUCCGACCUAAGGGCCAAUGACUCUAAUGUGUGUGCACAAUUUCAAUAAAUUUUAAGAAUGCCAAGUUUCUCAAAAACAUGUGAAUAUACAUAAAAAGGAAUCAUGACAUUUAAUGCAUUGCCAUGGCAACAGUAUUUAAGAUAUCAAGAAUACCUUCAGAAUUUUAAAUAUGCACUGUCUUGACAUUAUUCAAUCAAAUUUGAAGCAAUUCAGGUAAACAAAAGAGGGAUAUUUCAAAGUCUGUUAAAUAUUUGGGGAAAUAUAAGAUAACUAUUUUAAAGUAGAUAUAAGACACUUCUUGUUUCCCAUUUUUUGCCAUUAAUUUAAUGCCUCGCCAUGGCAAC